GUUUUUUUUGUACUUUCUCUUUCGUAUGCAGAUCUAUUUGUAAUUUUCAAAUAAUUGCAAUAGUUUUGAUCAAUCAAACUACAACUUGUGUAUGAUAUAAUUUGUCCCACCGUAUUAUUAAUUUCUACUAUAAGUUAAAUUCACAAUCUACAAUUUUUUCUUUAUGCAUCGCAUAAUCGGAGAAUCUAGAAUAAAUUAUUUUUUUAUAUAUUUUUGAUAUUCAUGCUUAUUUUGCAUAUAUUUUGCAUAUUGUUUUGUUAUCUUGAAAAAUUUUUUUCAGCGCUAAUAGCAGCGCACACACGUAAACAUUUAUUAAUCAUUUCAAGCCGGUUCCACAAAUUGUUUUCGAGAUUUUUUAUGAUUAAUAGGACUGGUUUUUUAACGAUGUCUCAGAUAUAUUCCAUUAAAAUUGAAAAAUAAAAUAAAAAAUUUUGCAUAUAUCACAAUUGUUGGUAAAUGUCAUAUACAUUAUUGUAAAAUAUGAUAGAAACACACUAAUGUUUUUGUUUCAGAUGUUGCUAGAACACUUGUGCAAAAAUUUAUAAUAUUUCGUACACUCCGUGCACAUGUAGCACAAAACAAUAUGACGUUUGAUUUCGUGCCGAUAAAUUUGUGUGUAAUUAAAAAUUCUUAUUUGUCACUUCGACGUUUGAGAUUGAAAGAAUUUUUAUGUAAAAUUAUUAAAUAUAAGUUCCAUAUACGGCACGGGCCCCCCGCGCUAAAUACCCCGCGAGAAGCACGUGUCUGUCGGGAUCAGUCACGUGGUCGAGAGAAACAUGGUGGUCCCCUCCGCUCACGUAUGAUCCCGGCGCACUGACAGUUCUUACUGUAGUUCAUACCCCCUGGCCCCCUGGUCAGUUGCGUCGUGACUGUCAAGUGGUGAGUUCGAUCGUUUUGUUCGCGCGUCACUCGCGCAUUGCGUACUGGGGCUGAGUUCUCGUCGCGCGUUUCUUUCGCUCGCACCAUCGCCACUUGCUCCAGGUUCUUCGCACGGGGGAUCCGGUCGAUCGCGUGUACAGCUUGUGUGUCAGAAAAUGCGGCGACUAGUCACUCGUUUCGUCGUCUGCCACGCGGAACGGCGCGAGUCGUGAAUAAGCAAACGUCGUCGCGCAGACGUCAAUGACGAGGUGCCGACAACGGCGCGCUUGUCAAGCGCCCGUGUCACUAUCGGACAGCGGAAAACGAUCGCGCGAAUAACGGACACAAGGCUGGGACAGUUGACAGUUGAUAAAUUGAGCGGCGUCGAGAAGCAGACGACAAGGAGAAAAAGGGAAGAAGAAUAAGAAGAAGAAGAAGAGAAGGAAGUGCCGCCGCGCGGCAAAAGAUAGAGAAGCGAGGAAGAAACGGCGUCGUUGACGUUGUCAUCGUUGUCAUUGUCGUCGUCGUCGUUGUGAUAUUUUCGCGCAUGUACGCGUACGUCCUAUGUAUGUGUGUGCAUGUGUGCGGGCGGCGCACCACCUGGUGUUGUUGAGGACACGACGGCGACGGACGGAAAUCGCGGAGACACGACACGAUGACGGCGAUGCUGGUGUCCGUGGCGGAACUGUCUAACAUUUUCUCGGUGCUCGCCGUGUUGAUAUGUUUCUGCGGAGUCUUUCUCUUUAUCAUGAGAAAUAUGAUGGUGCUUCGCGUUCACGGCGAUGACCUGAUGUUUGGCGGUAGCGGUGGUGUGAUAACGCAUGCGCCGCGCAUACCACAAAUGGAGAUGAUGAAGGUCCACAUUCCUUUCACCUUCAAACUACACGAGAGCUUCAAGAGCACGUACGCCGAAGUCGAAUGCGAAGUGUCGAGCCAAGUGGAAUAUUCGUUGCAGGCUAUCUGGGGCGUUAGCAUCAGGGAGCUGCAUCUUGCGCUUUGGAAACCUUGGAGCACAUUGCGGGACGCUUCCUUAAACGGAACUCUUCUGGAAGGUCACGCGCAAUAUUACACGCCGCCGCAAACACAGUCGCACGGAGAGGAAACGCUGAGAUUAUCACUUCCGGCUCCGGAAUUGGAGCUCGGCACUCCGCCGCGGCUCUGUUAUCCUCUGGUAAUUUUUCUCACCCGAAGAGACAAUCGGGAUCCUCAUCCCGAUGAAACUGUUGCGCUGGUGAACGUUGUUCAUAUUAAGGAUAGCGUGUGCACGCUGCCGACUUCGAUUCUGGCGCAGUAUUUGAAGCAGGCGAACGGCCAGCUAUCGUGUCUAAAGCAACUGUACCUCGCCACGGGCAACUCGAGCAACUACGACGAGAGCGACGCGAUGUCGUCGGCAGGUCUGAGCUCACCAGCUCUGGCGCUCGCCGAGCCUUGCAACAACAACGACACCGGCAGCAGCAAUCGCGGCACCCUGGUGGCAUCCGGUCAAGGCGAUCAGGAAAACGGCUCGCUCUGGAACACCGCGGGCGAACAGCUAUGCGUAGUGUGCCAGUACUUCCCGCUGUCACGAGCCUUGCUGCCCUGUCGGCAUACCUGCAUCUGCGCCUCGUGCUUUGGCAAACUCGAUCGGUGCCCGAUGUGUCGCAGUCCCAUCAAGAGCUACUUCUGCAUACGCAGCGAGGAGUACAUGCCCUCGGAGAAGGAGAUCAAUCCGUGCAAGCAGCGCCAGUCGAGUCACGGGCCCACGCAUUGGCUCCACGACUGGAACGACCGACUCACUGAUUUUCUCGGUUUUGCCCGUUAGACAAUCGCCGAGGAUCGUUCGUGUUUUUUGUACAUCGGAGCGUUCGAAAAAGACUUUUAUGUAGUCAUCUACUUCUUGGAUUUUAUUCACGUGCAAAUCCGAAGUGAAGAUAGCGAUCAAUCGAUGAAAACACGCGUCUACGCUGGACUUUCACGUGUGCGUUUCUGCACAGACGUUAUUACAUUUAUAUUUUCAUUGCGUCUAAAUUAUUUUUCUGGAUUUUAACAAAUAUUUUAAGAAAUACGUAGAGACAUAAAGAACAAUUAGAAAUAAAUUUGUAUUUGCUUUUUGAAAAUUUGAGAAUGAGUGAUCUAUAUAUUGUAAAGUUUUGAAGCUGUGGUGAAUGAUUUAUGAAAAACGAAACGAGGAAUGAAAAAAAGAAAAAAAAAACCAAAAAACCAAAAAAUAAAUGAAACAAAUAACGACACCAAGACAGAACAAAGUUUCGAUUUUAAUGCGGAGUGUCCUUUUGCGAAACUUGUUGAAAGACUAUUAAGAGACGCGGUAGCGCGAAAUCAAGGAUGUUACGCUGCGUGUGUCUUCAUGUCGCAAACAAACUUUCACUAGUCCUUUAUACUAUUCUUAAAGUAAAUUUGACAAAUUUUCAUUUUUAUGUAUUCAUCGUAUUGAUUUUUUUUUUGACAAGCUUCUAAUCUAACUUUAAAAUUUUGAGCGAUAGUGGAUAAAAUGAGAUAAAGUAUGAUGUUUUUAUCAUUCACAUUUUGAUUUUGUCUCUGCAUUGUUUGUGACAGUGAAAAACAAAUAAAAUAAUAUUUUAUGGAUUUCUAAAUAAAUAUAUUAUUAGAAACAGUUUGUGCACACACAAUAAAAUCUGAUGAAACAAAUUUAUUUACAAGAAUAUUAUAUACUUCGAGUGUGUACACACGUGAUUAUAAGCGCUUAUAUGAUAAAGUGACAAAUUUUGAAAGUAAGUUGUUAUUUUAACAUGUUAGUAAGCGGAACACACACAGAAAAUAUACUCGAGAUGUUGCUGUUUAAUUAACAAACACCCGACAGUUAUUGAACUUGCAUAUUAUACACACAAUUGUUUUGCAAUACUUCAAAAUCGUGUUACAACGCGUUGAUUACACUCGACCGCAGCUCAACCAUUAUCUUCAAAUUAAAAAGAACUCUUACUUACGCAGCGUGUUUGACUUGAAAAUGUUUCAAACAACAGAUUCUGUCUGUGUUUUGAGAUAAAAAUUCUGACGGAUAAAGGUUGACAUUAUUAAUAUCUUUUCUAAAUGAAAAAUAUAAUUAAAUUCUGCACACGCGCAAUUUACAUAAAAAAAUUGAUGUCAAGAUAAUUAUUUUAAAUGUUAUUAUUGAAUAGUCGGGUGUUUUCACUUGACGCGUGUCAGUGCCAAAAUAAAUUUAUAUUAUCAAUGCCUCGUGUAAUUCGAGCACUAAUAUCGAUUAAUAAGCACUUUUUGGCUCAACAUGAAUGGCCUAAAAAAAAAGCAUGUUAGCAAUGCAAUACAAAAUAAGUAGCGUCGAUAGUAAAAAAAAAAAAUACGCACCGACGAUGACACAAAGCCGAUUUUUACUCCGUUUACAUAAGAGACGAUAUAAAACGAUAACGAAAAUACAAGUGAAAAAACAUAAAUAAAAACUUUUAGAAGUUAAAGAAUUUGAAAAAUUACGUUUACAAUGUUCACAAAGUCAAAUAACGUUCUCUUGUUUCUUCCUCUAUAAAUAGUUAUUCUUGAAUUACGUCAGAGGCAAGAAAUGAAGAAAAAACGUUGUUAUAUACAACUUACAUUAAAAUAAAUUUUCUUCGUAUGCAGCAUUAAUGGCAUUCGAUAGCAUAGAUUAAUAAAGCUUUUUUUUUCAUCGUUACAUUCUCUUCGCGCGUCGUAACCUUGCGCUCCUCUCAAUUAUCUAUCUCACUUACUCUUACAGUCUUCCAUCUUAUGCUUUUAUUCUGCAUUAAUUAAAAGCAAAAUUUUGCAACAUCGCUCGCUACAUCCCAAUCUAACGUAGUCUGAGAACAAAUUCUUAUACUGUACAAUGCUUUUGUAUGUUAUGUAAAUACAUUACGCAUUACAGCGAUAUAUUUAUGGUGCGUGUGUACGCUAUUAAAUUCUCUCUAAUUCUUUAGUAUUAAUUAAGUUGGUAUUUUAUAAGUCUCUUGUGCUUGCGAAAAGUAUUACUUUUUUUUAAUCCAAUUGAAAUAUUUGAAGAUCUGAUUUGCAAAAAGCUUGUUGAUUUAAAUAAAUGUUUUCCGACAAGUUUAGCGUGUGUUAAACGCAACACAGAGUAUUAGACCAAGAUAUGUAAAAGAACGGAGCAAGCAUACUCUUUAGAUUAAGACCAUCAUGUAUCGUUUAAUGCCACUGUAAAUAGACAGACUGUGAUAAUUCUAACAACGUCCGUGUGUGUAAACGCGUCUCUUGAACGAAGCGACACGAGAAAAGGAUCAGUUUUAGGAACUUUUUUCUGGAAGAGCCCACAGCUGGGAAAAUGAUCGAAAUUAUGAGCGAUGGCCUUUACAGUCAAUUUGCUAUUAAAGACAUUAACAUCUUAAUUUAUGUUUUAAGUGAGAAGCGUAGUUUGGAUCGCGCUUCGCGGUCCAACUUGAAGAGAGCAUAUCUGUACAUAAUUUAUUUAAAUAAAGUGUAUUAGCCGGCAUUA